UCCAUGUCAUCUUCGUUCAAGAACCUUAGUACCUGGCCCAACAUACUAUGUGGAGCAAUCUCCCCUUUGAUCUCCUUGCCUACAUCUUCUCUUUCCUUUCUCCAGAUUCCUUGGCAUGUGCCCGGUCGGCCAACCGGCAUUGGCACACGUGUGCCAAGUACUCGACGGAGACGCAGCGGCACCACCCUUCAUGGUUCAUAGCCUUGCCAACGCGCCACCGUGGCCUCUCAUGCUAUGCUCACAAUCCAGUCGACAACAAUUGGCACCACCUCUCUCUCGAUUUCAUUCCCGACACAACACGACCCAUUGCUUCCAUUCGUGGUCUUGUACUCUUUAGAGCUACUAGUACCUCAGCCCUCCAAUUAGCCAUAUGCAAUCCAUUUACUAGGCAAUUUAGGCACCUCCCAAUGCUGAAAGUGCCACGGACCAAUCCAGCAGUGGCUGUGGUAGAAUCGGACCCGACUCAUCAUGUUCCGGUUCAUAACUUUAAGGUCUAUGUUGCCGGAGGGAUGUCGGAGGCACCAGCUGGUGGUGCCUCGUACGAACCCACAUUGGAAAUGUACGAUUCACAACAUGACACAUGGAGGGUUAUCGAAUCGAUGCCAGUUGAGUUUGCGGUUAGGCUAACGGUCUGGACACCCAAUGAGAGUGUGUAUGCCAAUGGGGUCAUCUAUUGGAUUACCUCUGCCCGUGCCUAUAGUAUAAUGGGCUUCGACAUUGGAUCAAACAGGUGGAGGGAAUUGAGUGUACCAAUGGCAAAUAAGCUCGAGUUUGCGACACUGGUGCCACGAAAUGGGAACUUGACACUGGUCGGUGGCACGUGCGAUGGUGAGGCACGUAUAUGGGAGCUUGAUGAGGAUGAUAUUUGGUGCCUGAUUGAGAAGGUGCCAUUUGAAUUGGGGAUGAGAUUAUUAGGGGAAAAGAGAAGUUGGGGUAGUACUAAGUGUGUGGGAAUUGAUGGUGCAGUAUGUCUUUAUAGGGAUCUUGGGUCAGGAAUGGUGUUUUGGAGAGAUGUAGAUAAGGGUAAAUGGGAAUGGUUUUGGGUUGAUGGUUGUUCAAUAAGAGGCAAGAAACUGCAAACUUUCCCCAUUAAAGGUGUGCUUCUUCACCCAAAUCUGGCUUCUUCCUGUCUUCUGACUGUAUGAUUUGUAAUUUUGUGCACCUGAAGUCAUUUUGCUGCAAUGCAAUGCUUAUUUUUUAGGGUUAAUUACAAUCUGCAUCUGCCAACUAUAUCCAUUAUUGCAAUCAAUUUUUUCUGGUUUCAAAUGAUGUAAUUUAUCCUUUCCAAGUUUCAAG